CCGAACUUCCUCAUUUUCUCGCCAACUCCACCAGACAGCAGUAAUGGCUUCAGUAGCGCAGAAGAAGCUCGUCGUGUGCGGAGGCAAUGGAUUUCUGGGAAGCCGCAUCUGUCGCGCAGCUGCCCAUCGCGGCUGGUCGGUCGUCUCCGUCUCGCGCUCAGGCAACCCGCACUGGUCAUCAGUCACCUCCUCACCUGAUCCUCCGCCAUGGGCGUCCAAGGUCACCUGGGCCAAGGGAGACAUUCUCGACCCGUCCUCGUACAAUGCGCAUCUUGAGUCGGCCACCGCCGUCAUCCAUACCAUGGGCAUUUUGCUUGAAGCAGACUACAAGGGCGUCGUCAGCGGCCGCGAAUCGCCGAUCUCUGGCCUUCGAAGAGCCUUCUCAGCGAAUAAGGCAGGCACACAGAACCCCCUUGAUCGCAAGGACGGCGAGACACUAAGGCCCAUGGAGAGUGACGGCCAGCUCACCUACGAAGUCAUGAACCGCGACACAGCAGUGAGCCUUGCUCAAGAGGCAUCGAAACACAAGGUGCCCACCUUCCUAUACAUCUCCGCUGCUGCUGGCACACCCAUCCUGCCCAAGCGUUACAUCACCACCAAACGCGAGGCCGAGUCGAUAAUCAGCUCCACCUUCCCCACCAUGCGAUCCAUCUUCGUACGCGCGCCGUUCUUGUACGAUUCGAGUCGAACUUUCACCCUACCCAUCGCUGCUGGUGGCGCGGUCGCGAGUCUGAUCAACAGUGCUGUCGGUGGCCGACUAACGUGGCUGAUGGGUGCGGGCGGCAUCAAGCCGCUCAAGGCCGACCUGGUCGGCGAGGCUGUCGUAGAGGCUCUCGAGGAUGAGGAAAUACACGGGCCGGUCGAGGUGCCUGAGAUCGAGCGGCUAGGGACAAGAGCGUGGAGGAAGAAUAUGUUGUAAUAUGAGAGAAAUGUAUACCACGAACAGCGUCGCACGGGUGUGGCAACGAAGGAUAUCGAAUUAUUUUACUUCAGGGUCGGUAUGGGAUAUUGUGUCUGUCUUUGGGACUACUGUUAAUCACGUAGGAAAUACAAUACUCAGGCAAUCGCUGCACAACUCUGGAAUGCGUGACCUCGUAUCUUAGCAAACGGGCGUCCAUGUCGUGCUAUAUUCGAUACACGGCCAUAAACGAUAGUUCAAAAGCAGCAGCGAUCCUGCCAAUACUCUG